AUGCCAUUCGAUUGGGCCUUCUCCUCCCCACGGAUGGUGUGCGAUUGCUUGGCUGAUGACUUCAAGUCCUUUUUGGACCCCAGAGAGUAUAUGGCCAUCGGCCGACAAGGCUCUGGCUGUGGGCACCGACGCUACGCCGAGCAGCGGCUGCCAAAUCGCUGGCAAGGCUUCACCUGGUUGCACCAUGACCCCUUGCGAAAGCGCCAGGACCACGACUACCUGAAGCGUUGUGUGGAGCGCUUUCGGGUCGCUGCCCGAUCGCCGGGGCGGAAACUCUUCGUGGUGAGCUGUUUUGUGGAUUCGCCGGAGAAGUUGGAGGAGAUCAAGGCACCAAAGUUGAAGGCUCCGACGAAAGCAUCUUGGGCCUUCUUCGCGCCAACGGAGAUUUCAAGGCUUUGCCACAGCCUCAAGGAUUAUGGAAUCUCCAACUUCAAGUUGGUUGCUGCUGUGCUGUGUGUGGCUGCAGCCUCUGAAGUAUCGCGUGAUGUCGAGGAGGGGGUGGAGUCGCUGGAGCCCUGGGUGCGGGAGAUUCCAUUGGAAGGUCCUUGUGAUGUGGAUGGAGCUUCGAUGGUUGAGAUCCAUUUGGGCGAGUCAACAGAUUUUGACCCCUUCAAGGUCUUCUUUCAGAAGCCGGAGAACGAGCAGGCCUUUGAUCGGGCCGUUCUUGGCAACAGCAAGGUUUCUCCUGAACUGGAUCAACUUCAGGAUGACUACAAGCCUUCAGGAUACCGAGAGAAAUUGGAGAACGGUUGCCCUUUUUUGAACCUGGAGGAGGCUAGCUUUGUAUGCCGUUGCUGCAAGGCUGGAUUUGCCAGCAGGAACAGACUCUUCUCGCACAUCCGUGGAUCUUCGACUUGCAUGAGGUUUGUGGCUGAAACGGAUUUGAGGGGCUUUGAGUCCUUGAAGGAGGUAAAACCUCAGAUCUAUGCGCUGAUUUUUGGCCUGCCAGUUGCCAUGACAUGGAGCGAGGUGAAGGAGAUGCUUCUGGGCACAUUGGCUUUGGUGGGAGAGAAUAUCCAGCUAAUCACACAUGAGCACCAAGGUUCAUUGGCCAACAGCGACGUUUGUUGUCCAUCAGUUGCAGUCAUGAUUCUUGCAAAGAUGUCAUGUGCUCCAACAGGAAAUGCCUUAUUGCAGCAUUUGAGAGAGACCUCUUCAGAGAGAGGACUGGUUUUGCAUGGCUGUGUGCCAGUGAGUAAAGCAAUGGCUUCAGACUGGCCGGAAAGUCUAGUCAUCCAGCACUUUGCUUACUUGCUUCCCUUCGAGGCCUUGUGUCAUGAGGAGUUGGAAGACUUUACCGAACGGCAGAAGAUUUAUCGGAGCUUCAAGCAGAGCUUGAACCAGGUGCAGAAGGAAGCGGAGCUGGAAGAUCUCCAGAUGAAGAUGAUCGAAAGGAUGUCUUUCCAAAAGGAAUUUGUGCUGGUGAAGGUCGCUGGAAGCUGCUGCGCCGAUGACGCCCUGCAGUUCCUGGGCCGUGCGUUGGCAGUCUACCAUGGAGCAGGUCUGGAGUUGUGUCUUCCAACGGAACUUCUCUACUUGGAAUCGCAACGCUUUCCUGAGCUGGAGAGAAGACAUGGCCAAAGCUGGGCAUUGGAAGAUGACAAGAGUCUCUGCGCAUUGAAUGCCUCGCGUGGUGAGCUGCAUCGUAAACUUGCUGAAGUGCAGGUUGAUUGGUCAGAAGUGAUCUGCAAAAAGGAGUACUUGCUUGUGGUAGGUUCCGGAGCCUAUGGCUGUGUGGCCUCCUUCAAGGAUAAAAGGAGCGGAGAGACAAUGGCGGUCAAGAAGAUCACCAACGCUUUUGAUGACCUGGUGGAUGGGAAGCGGAUUCUGCGUGAGGUCAAGCUCCUGAGGCAACUGGAUCAUGAUAACAUCAUUCGGAUCCUUGACAUGUAUCCGCCUGCGGGGCCUGACUUCGAGGAUAUCUACAUUGUCACUGAUCUCAUGGAGACUGAUUUGCAUCGGGUGAUCUACUCCAAGCAGCCCUUGACAGAGGAACAUCAUCAGUACUUUGUCCAUCAAGUCUUGCGGGGCCUCGCGUACUUGCACAGUGCAAACAUCGUGCAUCGAGACAUCAAGCCUUCGAAUCUACUUGUGAACAAGAACUGCGACUUGAAGAUUUGCGACUUCGGCCUCUCCAGGGUCCUGGCGACCGAGUCCGAGGAUGCGCUGGGGCGCACCGACUAUGUGGUGACGCGUUGGUACCGUGCUCCGGAGGUCAUGCUUCAUUCUGCAGAGUACACUGUGGCCAUCGAUGUGUGGGCCGUUGGAUGCAUCCUCUGUGAGCUGAUCAUGCGCCGGCCGCUGUUUGCAGGGAACGACCACGUGGAUCAGAUCCGGAAGAUCAUUGCCACCUUGGGCACGCCCACGGAGGCGGAAACCAAAUGGCUGCCGGAAGGGGGCACUGCUCGGUCCUUCCUGGUGAAGUGCCCCAGCGCGCCCAAGGUUAAUUGGAAGCAAGCCCUUCCCACGGCCAGUGACAAUGCAAUUGAGGUGGUGUGCCGCAUGGUGACCUUCGACCCAACCGUUCGCAUCAGUGUGGCCGACACUCUGCGGCUCAAGUAUUUUGAUCACCUGUUUGACGAGGAGGACAUGGUCCAUGAUACUUGUAGCAAGAAGAUUGAUUGGAGCUUUGACAACUUUGAGCCCACCAAACCGCUGUUGCAAAGCUACGUCUACUGUGAGCUAGCUAGCUUUCACCCAGAGAUCGUCGACCGCGACCAAGAGUUGCCGGGCCUCUCAGCCAACGGGGAGUGA